AUGAUGAUGAUGAUGAUGAUGAUGAUUCGUGAUGAUGAUCAUUCGCAUGAUGAUGAUGAUGAUGAUGAUGAUUCGAAUGAUGAUGACUUGAGGAUGAUGAUGAUGAUGAUGAUGAUGAUGAUGAUGAUGAUGAUGAUGAUGAUGAUGAAUGAUGAUGAUGAUGAUGAUGAUGAUGAUGAUGUUGAUGAUGAUGAGAUUGAUGAUGAUAAAUGA